CAUCUCUCCCCACAACCGCCGCCGCCCAACGAAACCACGCUCCUCCAAAGCACCAAACCCCCACCGAUUCCCCAUGGAGAACGGCGCCGAAACCCCCGCCUCGCCCACCGCCGUCGACAAGCCCGCGCCCAACGGAGCCGUCGCGGCGGAGGAGGUCACCGUCGCCGACCCCGUCCACCCCGCCAAGUCCUACGCCGCCGUCGCCGCCAACGCCGAGAUCGACGACCUCCGCGCCACCAAGCUCGCCCUCGAGGACCAGCUCGCCGCCGCGGCCACCGAGAACACCACCCUCGCGGCCGAGGCGCACCGCCUCGAGGGCCUCUUCUCGCAGGCCCGCGACGACGUCGCCACCGCCGAGCACGCCGCCGCCGCCACCGAAGCCGAGGCCGCCGCGCUCCGCGCCGAGGUCGCGCGCCUCCAGGCCCUCCUCGACCGCAAGCAGGCCGACCGCGAGGACGACGAGCGCCAGCGCCGGGAGCUCGAGGCCGAGGUCGGCACCGUCCGCCAGGCCAAGCGCCAGCUCCAGGAGGAGAUCCACGCCCUCAAGGCCUCCGCCGCCACUGCCACCGUCGAGGACAGGGAGGUCGCUCCGGACGCCGUCGCCACGAAGGAGGACGGUGCGGUCGCGUGGCAGGGGGUGGCGGCGGGCGCGGCUGCCGGCGCCGCCGUCACGGCCGCCGUCGUGCUCGUCUACCUCCGCCUCAAGAGGUAAUCGAUCUGGUGCUCCCAUGCGCAGGAAGUUUUGCUCUGCUACAGCUUAUGGAAGGUUUGAUGAGUUUGUCCUGCGUGGUGGUCAUGCUGCUAGUGCCCUACUGAAGAGAGUAAUAGUACGACUUCUAUCAGUUAUUAUUAGUUACUUAAUAGACUACACAAACAAGGUGUUCGUUAUGUUUCGUCGCUGUUUCUCCUUUACGUGUUGCUUUUGGUGAUGACGGUGAAUCUGUCUGUAGACACUUUGUGAACCGAGCAAGGCUGUAUGCUUGGUUAUCUUAACGUUUAUGGUUGCUGGCUUUACUCA